GAAAACUCGGAUCAGGAACAGAAAUACACUGCACUGCCGUGGAAAGAAACAUUUGAACAUUGUUUCUCUGUGAGGAAACAAUAAUGUUCUCAGACAGUGAGGGAGAAGCCACUGGUCCACGGACCACGAAGGCCGCAGUGGCCAGGAAACCAUCAUAGUGUGGCCUUGACCGUGGACACCUUUUUGUUUUUGUUUCAGCACUGACCAGAAAACGAAACGUUUCCAUCUCACGUGACCAUAAUAUAUGUAGCAGCGGCAAUAGUUUAUCACGCUGUGACUCCCAAACAAAAAAGAAAAAAAUGGCAGUCAUCUGGGAACAACACGCACCGCAGGACACGCUUGGCCCAGCAGGGUGAACCCUCUUUCUUUACUUCCUAUGUCGCUCCUGGCAGUGGUGUAUGCAUCACUACAAAAUUGCUUAAAUUUAUUGCUGAAAAUGUCACAAGGAUGAUGAUGAUGAUGAAGGAAACAGAGUCUUUUAGGGAGCGUGCGUAGGUCUCAGUGCGUGAGUUGCCAGGAGAGGAGGAGUUGCUUGGCGUCCUGGCUUUGCUUUAUGAAGUACAGAGAGGAAGAAAAGCUCAUGUUUCGUCGUUGUUCCAUCGCGUCAAAUGUCAGGAGGCAGCUUGAGCUUCAUUAUAAUACUGUCGUAAAUGUCUGCCUACUGCCUUUGCAAACACUAACAGCGCAACAACCGAGCCUUGAUGUAAUGAUGUGACAUAUACCAGUCACACAGAUGCAUUGCGUAGACACCACAACGUGACGCAAGUUGAUCACACUCGCAUAACGUCAACAGUUUUAUAAUCUUUGUCAUGGGACGGUGGGCUUUUGCGUAACUCUUCCCAGUAGUCUGUGACACUUUGUGACUUCAUUAUCUCUUUAUUAUCACCAGCUCUUAAGUGGCAAUAGUUACAUAGGUGAUGACGAUGAUACCACUUUUAUAACAGCAACAUCAACAACAACAACAACAACAACAGCAACAACAACAACAACAACAACAACAACAAAAACAACAACAACAACACUAUCGUCAUGAAAAAAAGAAAAAAUCAUAACUGUCGUUAUUCGGAGGAAGAUUGACGGCAAGGAUCUCUACUCAAGGCGGUGGGACGUGAGAUCCGGCCUGGCCUGGCCUGGGGUGAGCUGGGCGGGGCGGCAGUAGUCUGUAACAAUGUGUGGCGCGGGCAGGUAGCGCGGCGCCAGGCUCUUCCUCCUUCCGUCCUGGACUUCCCUCCAUUUUUGUUACUCCUUCCACCCCUCCCCCUCCUCCCUCCCUCCCCAUCUUUCCCUCUCCCUCCCUCCCUCCCCCCUUUCUUCCCUCUCCCUCCCUCCCUCCCUCCUCCCCUUCUGUCGCCAUUAUCAAGACAGUUGUCAGUGUGGUGACCCUCGUGGCCGUGCGCCUUCCCUGUAUCUGAUGCUACUAUAGCAGACUCUCGUCGCUCCCCGUGACGGCAGAUCUGCUAGAAGAAUAAGAGGCAGCCUUCGCUGGCCUUCCCGCAAGAAGGCUCGAGGAAGGAAAGGCCCAGACUGCCUUGUCUGACGGUCAAAGGCCUUGCAAGGUCUGAGUUUGUUUGGCGUAUUUGUGGACGUUAUUUGUAAGUUGAUCUUUGAGUGACUUUGGUUUACCAGUUCUAAGGAAACAUAUUCUUCACAAUCAAAAAAAAAAAAAAAAUAGCAAAAUGAAAGUUUUAUUAGUGUGAAUAGAGGAAAAGAAAAUGAAACAGACUUGUGGUACAGCAUUGUGACAACAGUGGGAGUGAGGGGCGGGAGUCGCCACAACGUGCUGGUACAGGAACUUAGAGUUUCUGUGAAUGAAACUCAAGAGAAAGAUAAAAUCCUUUUUAUUAGCCCGUAGUAGCAUUGUAGCACACGAGCACACGCCCCAUUAUCCCAUCACCAACACCAGCACAACGAUUACCACCACCUUCACCACCAACACCUGCACAACUUUAGUCACUUCAAACAACUCUUCCGUCACUGUCACUGCUUCUGCCGCCACGAUGCCGCGCGACUACCCAUCGGAAAGUAAGUCCAUGAUGGACCUCAAUUCCCUCACAUCGAGCGACGACAAUUACAAGAACCUAUACAAAACUCGCUCAGUGUGGGACGUGGCCUCCAUAGAGGGAUUCCGACGGAAGAUCCUUCCAACGGGUUUGCGUUCUCGCUCUCCCCUAAGCAGAGGACGUCACGGCCAGCCUCGUACAAUAUCCGCGCCAUCUUCAUCGUCUGUCGGAGAGAGGCAGUCACGUCCCAAAAGACUCUCCACUGUUCAGUUCGCCGAAGAUGUGGGCAGUGACUCUGACGGCAGAAUUCGGUCCGUAAGCUCCUCCGCCCCGCCGCCGGUCAGGCCAUCCACCUCCUCUGGAAGCAGCUCUGUCUCCGUUCUCCUCACGCCCGAGCCCAUCUCCUCCCUAGCUGAGCGUACGGAAUCGGAGUCUGAUGUCUUCGUGAGUGAGUGUGGCAUGAAAGAGGCACAGUCCAUGAUGUCCCUUUCUCGGCCUCACGGGUCCAGCAACUCUUCCGAAGAGGACGCCAAAGGGCUACGUAAAAGAUCUUAUGUUUCGCAUGCCCUGAAGAACCUCAGCCGCAGCACCCCUGCAAUGUCCCCCUCAGCGUCGCCCCGCCACAGCGACAGCGAGGGCCAGCUGAGGGUGUCCAAGGGCACGAAGAAGUUCAUGAGACACUUCGCGGAGGCUCCCCCCAGCGAGUGGGUCUUGAACUACUUUUCUUGUGCCCUUGUGUCGGACAUUCUUCUUCAGGGGACCCUUUACAUCACCCACAACUACUUCGCCUUCUACUCCAAGAUCUUUGGGCAUGUUAGUCGGUUGCUGAUCCCUGUAACACAAGUUGCCAGCCUACAAAAAGAACGGACUGCCAAGAUCAUCCCCAAUGCUGUGGGUCUACAAAUGCUGGAUGGCAAGAACUAUGUAUUUGGCUCCCUUCUUUCAAGAGACUCAACUUACAAACUUAUGUUGCAUAUUUGGAGGAAAGCACAGAGGAUGGCAGAUAGUGACAGUGAACCCCCAUCAGGGGUUCAAGUGACUGCAGAUGAUGAUGGUGAAGACUCAGUGUCUGGGAGUGCAAACAGCCUAGACCAGACUGAUAGUGGUUACCUGGUGUCCACUGCAGUCAACAGCCUGGGUAGUGUGCCCUCCCCAAUCACCACUACACCCUGGACAACAGAAGAAGUUACAUCAACUACGAAUGCCACCACUGCCACAAAUGCUUAUAGCACCAUUGACAACAGUAUACCACCUACUGGUAAUAACAUUCCAAUGAAUAGUUCAACCAGUACCUCAGAUUCUACUUUAUUACUGGGAGUUGGUGUGGUGUCUGGAAAAGUAUGUGCUCAUGAGGAGACCAACAGUAACAGUGCUACUGCCAGCAAUGCAAGUGACGGGAAGGAGAGCAGCAGCAUGAAUAUUCUUGAAUGGUUCACACAAGGAUCUUUGGUGAAAACAUGUUUCAAAGUGGGAAGUGUCCCAAUGAAGCUGGUGGGAGAGGGAGUGAAGGAGUUAUGGUCACUGCCAAGGACAUCUCUACUCUUACUUAUUUCAACAUUGCUGCUUCUCAUGCUCUUCGCCUCUGCUGCAUUCAUGCUGCACCGUGUGGAUCUCCUGAGUCAACAAAUAGGCCUUGAAAAGUAUGCUGAAUAUGACAGCAUGUAUGAAGAAGUACUACAGAUGCAGCAGCGACUCCAUGCAGCUGCCUCAACUGAAAUAGAGAAGACCCUUACCAUCCAACUUAAGCACAUAGCUACGGUGCGGCAGUCUUUAGAAGCCUUGAUGGUGUUAUUCAACAAGGACUUCCCCCUAGAAGCAGCACAGAUUCCAGACAACACGUAGCAGUAGCUGCAAGAAAAGUUCUAUUUAUUUCCUGUAUGUAUAACCUGACCUCUAUAGAAUAAUUAAGCCAUCCUUUUAGGAUGAAAUGUCCAAGACCUAAUUAUUGAGGCAUAAAGGUUGUUAUAAUAAUCAGGUAAUGGCUAUGGCCAUGUAUCAGUGGUUAGAGGGGCAUGUUAUAGAUUCAGUGGUUGUUAAUGGUCAAAGGAAAUGUACUACUUCAUCCCCCCUUCCCUGGUUAAGGGUUACAGGUUUGUGAAUAAAAAGAGAAUUUGUUUUAGAAUUCCCUGCUCCUGGAGUAGUAAGAAAAUUUCUAUUUUGUUAUACUACUAUCAUACACUAUUGUUUAUGGAUCAUCUCAAAGCUGCUGGUAUGUUUUGCUGGGUUAUAACAUGAAGUGCAAUUGAAAGCUUGUCUAUUAUGUAUUAUGCAGAAUACAUAUAUGUGUACAUUUAUAUAUAAGUUAUUUAUGAUUAAAAUUCUAUUCAAAAUAUAGUAUAACAGGGACAAGUUGCAUAAUAUAAUUUACAGAAAAGUAUGGCCUGGAUACCAAGUAAUACAAUCAUGAAAUGUUGAUCCAGUAUCAUAUUUUUACCUAGUCAUGUUUAAGGUCAGUAAAAUCAUCUUUAUCUUACAGCCUACUUAGCCUAUAUAAAUUAUAAAAAACUAGGGCAUAUUAAUCUUGCCCUUGGUUUCAGGGAUAAAAGAUGCUACCCUUUACUGAAAAUGUAAAUCAUGAUUGAUUGUAAAGUGCCAUAAAGGGUUUGGCAUAAAUCUAGUCACUGAAUAGACUAAAUAUAUCACAUCUACAUACCAAUGCCAUAUGUGGCUCACUACUGGUCAAUACUUAAUGUACUACAACAUGAAAUAUCUAAUCUAUUUCAAAUUUGUAGAUAGCAUUCUUUUCUAAAUCUUUGGAAUGGUUGUGAUUUGAACACCAUUUUAAUCAUCUCACUUUUAUGUAGAAUUAAGAAUAAAACACCUGCAAUUUUUUUUUCUGUAAUCUUCAUCAAUGGUGAUAAAAGUCAGAAAGCAUUAAUUUAUUGAAUAUCUGUUACUCUGUUGCACAGUCCCUCCCGAUUCAGACUUCAUGUUGUGGACCAAAGUUAUUUACUACUGUAAUGUACUACACAACUUUAUCUGCUAAAGGAUGGCUUCCCUUCCUGUGGCAUUGCUUUAUGGAAGUAAUACUUCCUAUCUUGCCUUUUUUCUGGCAAUAUAACAUUGUUUCAUCUGUACUGUAUUAUAUUUUCUUACACAAUCUGAAACUUUGUCCACUUUUUGCUGUGAUAUUCAGCUCAAGGGUGAAGCAUUAGUGAUUUCUGAGAUCAAAAGUCUCUAAGACCCAUGAUGGUAAGGGUCAUACCUGCAGUCAUCAAGUCAUGAAUACAAAUUCAAGUAAAUGCUGUAUUUAUUUUAUGACCUAUUAGAUUUUAGUUUUUGUACAGUAUACAUAUGUAUAUGAUUUAGCACUAGUGUUUGUAUAGCAUGUCAUGAUAUGGAGAGUGAUGAGUAGAUAAAUGAUUACAGAACCUUGUCAUUUUAAUUUGCAAACUUAAAAAAAUUUUGUCCUAAGUGCUGCAUAACAUGUUUUGAUUUUGAAAAGUGGUAAUAAAUGGCAUUUAUAAAAAAACAUCUUUUUGGAUGUUCACUUUCUGUGAACAGUGAUGUAACAUUUGGAUGUAGUUCUUUAAGUUGCAUAAUGUCCUGGCAAAGGUUGCAAAUUAAUUACUAUGUAUUUAAGAAAUCCUUAAUGUUGUAGCUAUAUGUUACCAAUACCUUAUCUAUGUUGUAGCCAAGGCACAAAGCAGGACAAAUAGCUACAUCAUACAUUUAGUACUUAUUUCACUUCACAUAAAAUUCCAGCUGUAUAAUAUCCCUACAGCUCCAAAUAGAGUUUAGUUUUAUCAGAAAGAAGGUUUAUGGGUGCUGGGCCCACUUGCCUCGAUCUUGUCUAAUAUGUAUUAUGUACUGCAAAAUGUUACAACCACUUCAAUAGUGGUCCUAAUUGGUUUGUAUCUUGACUAUAGUGGCAGAAUACUGGUAUGCAUCACCUGAUGGGUGACAAAGGAAUUAUACACUAAUGCUGACAGAAAAUCUAGCCCUUGAAAGUGAUUCCAAUCUUAGACUUAGUAUUAAUGCUUUUAAAUUGUUGUAAUGUGCAUAUGAAUAAAGUUCUAUAUACAAUUGUUCACCUGUUGUCUAGCAUAAUUGGUUCUUGAGGCACGAACUCAGAAUGUAUUCAUAUGAUAUGGCAGGACACUCCAUAAAAGAUGACUAGAAA